AUGAGUCAGCCCCCAGACAGCAAGAUUCGGGGAAGGUUCACGGGCUACGCAGCCAGAGACAUUGCAGUCCUGACACCCCACACGGACCGCUCCGGUCCUUCCUGGAAUGAGACAAAAAUUCAAGAAGUCAUCUCUGCUAUCCUUCACAGAUACGGGGAACAAGAACAAGCAGUAACAGAUGCUAGUGCUGAGCUACAUGGACUCUGUGGUUACCUGGAGUUCUUGCUACAGUUUGAUCAGAAAGAUCGAAGAAGGUUCCUGGGACCCCGCAAAGAUUAUUGGGACUUCCUUUCGGUGGCCUUGCAGAGGAAUGGUGGGGACUUGGAAGUCAUUCGACUCGUCUACUCCCUGGACAAGCUGAAGACCACGGUGGGGAGAGGUCGUGCAUUCAUCCGUUUCUGUCUGGCCCAUAAUCAGUUGGCUGACACACUACAACUCUGCCUCCUGGACCCUGAACUCAACAGGGAGUGGUAUGGGAACCAAAGCCCCUUCCUGUGUCCAGAACUCAACAAUGGCAUCCUAGAAGCGCUCUACUUUCUGAAUGGAGUGACUUUUGAUCUCGAGUUGCAGCGCUGUGAUCUCGACGGGGGCUGGCCUAUGUUCUCAGAGUCCCGAUGCCAGGAUUUCAGCUUAACCCAGGAAAAGUUAAGGACCAAACGAUCUCAAGAGAAGGAGAUCCAAGUUACACACCUGAAAAACAAAGGAGUCCAGUCCAAGAAGACAGCAACCCUCUUUGCUGUCCAUGACCUCCAACACCAAGGAGAUUACCCCAAGGAGGUCUGCCUGAACCUCAAAGAAUGUCUGCAGAAGGCUGAAGAACAGUCCCAGAAGAAGGAGAAGCUACUUAUGACCCUGGAGGAGAAAGUGAGAGAACUUCAAGAGCAGUUGUUCAGAUGCCAAGAGCAGCAGACCCAAUUGAAGAUAGAGUUGGAGCAAAGGCAACAGGAAGCUGAGAAGAGAGAAGACCAAUACCAACAAGAGCUCAAGGAACAGCAUGAGUUGGUCCAAGCCAUGAAGAGACGUAUGGUAGAACUGAUUCAGGAGAAAGACAGUCUUUGGCAGAAGACUGAGCUUCUCUCUUCCUUGGCCCCUGGGCUUUGUGCAGUCUGUAGCAAAAUUUUUGGCCGCCUUUCUAGGAGAUACAAAUGCAGAAUCUGCGGAGGCCUUAUCUGCCAUGCUUGCUCUGUGGAUUACAAGAAGAAAGAACGAUGCUGUCGACCUUGUCACCAGAAGGGAGAAACCUAAGUCAAUUAAGUCAAGACCCCCUACCUCAGGACUGAUCUUCUCCCUGUUUUAUGAUCCUUGGACCAUAAGCCCCAAUCUUUUC